AUGGAUGAUUUAUGUAGUGGAAUUGACGAGAAUGCCGUGGGGGCUUGUUCUGAGCUCAUAUUUGCUCCUAUUGAUGAAAUAUUCCCAGAUGAUGCUCCAUUGUUGCCUUCCGGUUUCUGCAUUAUCCCGUUGGAUUCAAAACCAGAUUCAGUGACAGCAAGUCAAACCCUGGAUUUGACAUCUGGUUUUGAAGUUGGCCCAACAACAAAUGGUGCAUGCGAUGCGGUAUCAUGUCAUAGUGCUCGGUCAGUGUUGACUAUUGCCUUCCAGUUUCCUUUUGACAGUAAUCUGCAAGAUAAUGUUGCUGUCAUGGCAUGCCAGUACAUCCGUAGUGUGAUUUCCUCAAUGCAGAGGGUUACCAUGGCAAUUUCUCCAUCUGGUAUAAACCCGACAGUUAGCUCAAAACUCUCUUCUGGUUCUCCAGAAGAUCUUACACUAGCCAACUGGAUCUGCUGCAGUUAUAGUUAUUAUUUGGGGACAGAGUUGCUGAGAUCUAAUUCUCUCAUUGGUGAGUCAGUGCUUAAACAUUUGUGGCAUCAUCAGGAUGCCAUUUUGUGCUGUUCUUUGAAGUCCGUGCCAGCGUUCAUCUUUGCAAACCAGGCUGGCCUUGACAUGUUGGAAACAACUUUGGUGGCUUUACAAGACAUCACAUGGGUAUUUAGAGGAAGAUUGAAAAGCAAAAGUUGGAGUAGACCCUGUGUCUUUGUGAGCCCAGAGCCACUACUAGACCCUGUUUUACUGUGCACCCACCUUCCGCCACUGUCGCUACCCCAGCGCCACCACUAG